GCGAGAACAGGUAUUAGAUCGCUUCUGGGGAGGAAAUGUGAUUAAUGGCCUUUUUCCAGAGGGGGACAGUCGCAGACCUCGCUUCCGCAGAGCGUGAAUCGCGCCCCUUCCUGCCGAGGCGGUCCCGGCGGCCGGCCUCCCCAGCCUCAGGUGUCCGUGCGGCCGCGCUCGGCGCACGGCGCCGGGACUUCCUGUCUGGGCGCGGGGCGGAAGGAUCGCGCCGCCAGCCGGGCCGCCGCCGCCCCUGCCGUUAGGUGGUGGGGUUUCUCAGCCCGGCGGCGGGAGGCGGGCCGGCCGCGGCUUCCUGUCGGAGGACGCGCAAGGAUCCGGGCGUCGGAGUGUGUGCGAGUGCGUGAGUGUGUGUCGCCGCACGGCGCGUGUCCCCGGCCGCGGGUUCCGCCUCCGCCCCCGCCGCCGCUGCUCACGGUGGAAGUCAAUGUGAAGCAGCAGCAGCUCCAGCCCCGGGAUAAACAUGGCGACGUCUCUGCAUGAGGGACCCACGAACCAGCUGGAUCUGCUCAUCCGGGCCGUGGAAGCAUCAGUUCACAGCAGUAAUGCACACUGUACUGAUAAGACAAUUGAAGCUGCUGAAGCCCUGCUUCAUAUGGAGUCUCCUACCUGCUUGAGGGAUUCGAGAAGUCCUGUGGAAGUGUUUGUCCCUCCUUGUGUAUCAACUCCAGAAUUUAUCCACGCUGCCAUGAGGCCGGACGUCAUUACUGAAACUGUAGUGGAGGUGUCAACUGAAGAGCCGGAGCCCAUGGCUACCUCUCCUAGUCCUGCGUCACCAGAGAGCCACGAGCCAGUGAAAAAGAAGAAAGUGCUGGGGAUCAAACCUAGGGUCUCAUUCAUGCAAGUCGGCCGUAAACCAAAGACCCAGCAAUCACCAAUUUCCAAUGGGUCUCCCGAAUUAGGUAUCAAGAAGAAACCCAGAGAAGGAAAAGGAAAUACAACCUAUUUGUGGGAGUUUCUUUUGGAUCUACUUCAAGAUAAGAAUACUUGUCCUCGGUAUAUUAAAUGGACUCAGAGAGAGAAGGGCAUAUUUAAACUCGUGGAUUCAAAGGCCGUCUCUAAGCUUUGGGGAAAGCAUAAGAACAAGCCAGACAUGAACUAUGAAACUAUGGGACGUGCCUUAAGAUAUUACUACCAAAGAGGAAUUCUUGCAAAGGUCGAAGGCCAGAGGCUUGUGUACCAGUUCAAGGAUAUGCCCAAAAACAUAGUGGUCAUCGAUGAUGACAAAAAUGAGAGCUGUAAUGAAGAGUUAGCAGCAGCUGCCGAUGAGAAGUCCUUAGAAAGAGUGUCACUGUCUGCAGAAAGUCUCUUGAAAGCAGCGGCUUCUGUUCGAGGUGGAAAAAACUCAUCUAUCAGUUGUUCCAGAACAGAGAAAGGUGUGGCCAGAGCUGUGAGUAUCACUUCCCCUGGUCAGGAUGCUUCGUCCAGGCCUCCUACCACAGUGCCCGCAGCAGCAGCGGCAGCAGCAACAGCAACAGCAGCUCCCAGGACAGUUCGUGUGGCAAUGCAAGUACCUGUUGUAAUGACAUCAUUGGGUCAGAAGAUUUCAACUGUGGCAGUUCAGUCAGUUAACGCAGGAGCACCAUUAAUAACCAGCACUAGUCCAACAACAACGGCCUCUCCAAAGGUGGUCAUUCAGACAAUCCCUACUGUGAUGCCAGCGUCCGCCGAGAGCGGAGACAAAAUCACUAUGCAACCUGCCAAAAUCAUCACCAUCCCAGCCACACAGCUAGCGCAGUGUCAACUGCAGACAAAGUCAAACCUGACUGGGUCAGGAAGCAUUAACAUUGUGGGCACCCCGCUGGCUGUGAGAGCACUUACCCCCGUUUCCAUAGCCCAUGGCACACCUGUCAUGAGACUAUCCGUGCCUGCCCAGCAGGCCUCGGGCCAGACUCCUCCACGAGUGAUCAGUGCCGUCAUAAAAGGCCCAGAGGUUAAAUCGGAAGCGGUGGCAAAAAAGCAGGAACAUGAUGUGAAAACUUUGCAGCUGGUAGAAGAAAAACCGACAGAUGGAAAUAAGACAGUGACCCACGUAGUGGUUGUCAGUGCGCCUUCAGCUAUUGCCCUGCCGGUAACUAUGAAAACAGAAGGACUAGUGGCCUGUGAGAAGUAAAUAGCCGCUCCUCCUUGGACUUCAGACUGUUGGUAGUAUUGACAUAAAUACUUGCAAGGGAAGUCAGUCAUCAAAAAAGUCAAAGGAAGACUUUAAAACAUUUUUAAUGCAUAUAAGAAAACAAUCAGACUUACUGGAAAUAAAUUACCUAUCCCAUGUUUCAGUGGGAAAUGAACUACACGUUGAGAUGCUGACAGAAAACUGCCUCUUACAGUAGCAAACAACUGAACCCGUCAAGGAGAAGAAGGAUUGAAAGGGACCAAGCCGCUCACUACACUAUCCGGUUACACUAAGACUUGGAACACUAACAUCUGUAAGAGGUUAUAUAGUUUUCAGCGGGGAGGGUUGGGAUGGGUGAUCUCAUUGUUACAUAUAGCGAUUUUUGAUGCAUUUUAUAUGCAUACCAGCAAUUACUACUGUGCUCGCACAGUACUCAACUUAACUGGUGCUAUGUGAAGAUUCUGCUAACAUAGGUAUUCUAGAAUGUGAAUUGAAGAAUGGAUCCAAAAACUUCAGAGAGGAUAGCAAAAAAGAUCUAGUGCGAUUUUUUUUUUUUUUUUUUUUUUAAAUAUCAUAUAGCUUAAGCUGAUUUAAAACAAAGGCCUUAGACUAAUUUUCGGUUUUCUUUCUUGAAAUAAGCUAAUGGCUUGUUUGUGUAAAGUUUUUUUAUUAAAAGAAAAAUUUUAAAAAUCUUGUACCUAGCACAGUAUUGUUAUAGAAUUUACAUGUAACAUUUUAUAUGGUAGUUUUAAGUCUGUCAGUUUCUUAAUUGUGGACAAAUUAACAGUUGGCUCUGGCCUGUUGCUGUACCAUGCCUGUGUCAUUCACUUAGCUGGACGUCUUCGCGGACACGAGCUUCAGUUCUACCGCCACUUGCAAGUGCAGGCGCAGCGUGAACUUCGUCAGGUAGCUGUGAUACCUGGCACCCCUCCCUCCCACGCUCCCUCCUUUCCUCCCCCCUGCCCCUUUUUUGUUCCUUUCCUAUUUUUCUGUUUUUUUAGUUGAUGUUUUAAGAGGGAAAGUACCAGUGUUCAGAUUUGAACUAUAAUAGUUUGUAUAUUCAACAUUUGAAGUAUAUUCUAUUUUGUUGUACUCUUGUUUCAAAGUGUAUUCAAGUAGGUUUUCUGAAAUAUAGAAAUGAAAUUUAUCUUG